AUGGCUGCUCAGCCAGAAGCAGCAGCCCAAACUGCAGGUCUAAAACAUCCCAAACUUGAAGAUAAGAAUACGACUGCCACAGAAGUGGAGACAAAUCAGGGGCAUGAUGAGCUGCCAUGUCUUAGUAAUUAUGCUCCAUGGAAAGAGUUUUUUUAUGAAAAGGUACAGCAGAGGUGUCUGAGUCUGCAGGAGACAAAGGUGAAAACAAUUUGUGCACAGAAGGCAGAAGAAGAAAAGGUAAAAAGGAGAGAACAGUGUGACUGGCUGUCCAGAGAGUGGUUCAGUGAAGAGAAUGACUCACUAGAUACUCGCAUGUAUUUGCUUGACAAACUCCUACCUACAUUAAUCCCAGGAGUGGAAAAACUAUUAGCAGAAGUGGAAAGAAGGAAUGUACUUGCACCAGACAAAGAACCGACCAAAUUUAACCCCAUUACUUUUCUUGGAGAAUAUCUGAUGAGACAUAACCCUCGGUAUGGUAUUUCUACAGAACCAGGCCCAUACCUGAUAGGAAUGAAGAUGGUCACAGAGAAGCUAAAAACUGAGAUGCCAGGUACAGCAUCAGAGAGGCUGGCCAGGGUGAAGUCCGAGGUAAAGACCAAACGGCAGGAGAGGGAGCAGGUGGCCAAAAUGAAGUCUCAUGUGAAAGAGAUGAGAAAGGAGGCACUGGCAAUUCAGUUCAAAGAGUGGACAGCGGAUGUCAGUGGCAGAAUACUGAUUGCACUGGUUCAGAGUGCCCUGAGGUCUUUUCCGGAUGUCAUUGCUUCUCCUCCCACAGAUGUGAGAAAAGCAAUCUAUGACAGGAAGCUGGAAAUCAUAGACACGUUGGAAAAAAAAGUAAACGUAGAUGAAUUCACAGAGUAUGUCCAUUCCUACACUGAACACUUUUCGAAUGACAUGUUCCAAGAAAUCCUGAAGCAUCUCUGUCAGUGUGCUCAUGACUUCCAAGAAGCAGUAAGACGUGAUAUGUGGAGGCAAAUGUUUACUGGUCUCUUCCUAGACUGUGAUUAUGGAAAGGUUGGCCUCUUAGAUAGACAAAAAAUACUUGCGAUACUGGUAGACUUCUAUGACAGAAGCCCUGUGAUUGCUACGAGGGGAUUCUGCAACCCAGGACAGUGGCCAAUAAUUGAGCUGCAAGAGACUGACCUUGUGGAGUUACGGGGAGGCCUUGAUGACCAGGAAGUUUGUGAGGAACUUGGUGAAAAGUUGGUCUUGUCUCAAACAGAAAUUUCUGAGGGAGAGAUUUUGGCAUAUCAACCUGUAGCUGAUAACAGACAACAUACAUAUAGAAUGAGAACUAGUGUCAGAGGAGGUCUUUUUGAACAAAUGGGCAUGAGUGAACCUGAGACUAGAGGAAUUUCUAAGGAAGAAAACCAAGCAGAAGAAUCAAGUGAUGGUGACCUUCUGACUUGUGACCUAAGUGGCAAGUAUAGCAGCUAUGGAGCGAGAACUACAGAGGACUGGAAGCAUGAGAACACUAGAUUUCCAGACUUAGGUCCCAUCAUGGCAGAGAUUCAGAACCGUUGUGCUUCGUGUACUAGGAGUGCCUUUGAUGAAAGCUGCUUCAACCUGCCACAGUUUGUACAGGUCAUGGAGACGUUUGUGGGUGAAGACGUUCCUCUGCCUACUGUGAAGAGCCUUGUUGCAUUCAUCAAGGAAGAAUACAAACAGACAGAAGAGGAAAAAAUGGAACAACUAGAAAAGGUUCAUCACAUCUCUCGCUUGGCCCAACGGAAACUGCUUCUGGAGGCACUUUUCAAAACAUUGGACACCAAUGCAUGCGGGUUUCUGGACCUGGAAGAGGUGGAUGCUGUUCUAAGCAUGUUUAAGGAAGGGAUGGAAAAAGAGGCUUUGAGGAAGGCAAAGGAACACCUCUGCUCCCGUUACCCCCAGCUCAGCAGAGUGGGGAAGCUAUCCCCAAAGGCAUUCCAGACUUUCCUUGAGUUAAUUGCUUCCGAGUUCCCUGGUGAUGAGGAUGAAGCUAUUGAUAAUUUGGUGGAAUUUCUGACCACAAGUGUGAAACAAAGUCCCAUGGAGUACCUGCAGGGCUCAGCCCGGAGGAAAUGGCUGCACAAUAUCCAGCAAGCAGCUGAGACCAGUGGAGCAAGCAUGGAACCAGUUUACAAAGCAGUGUUUGAGGCCCUCUCCCAGGAUGCAGAAGCCCAUGGGGAUAACAAGAUGAUCAGUGCAUAUAUUGCCCUUUUGGAAGAGAACCAGCUCUCACCAGCACGGGGACAGAUUCUCCUACGCUAUGUGGCCUGUACCGCAGAUGAUGCUCCGUAUGUUCUCAACCAGAUACUUUACAGAGACAUGAAAGGAGUAAGCUUUGCAGCUGUUGAAGAAGGAAAGCCAAUCCAUGUUCCAAGAGUUCAGCUCCACGGAAAUAUCCACUUCUGGAACUAUGACCGCCCAGAGGAGGAGAGAAAAGGCUCACUCCUGGUACUGCCACUGCAUGAUGCUUGCUGGAGAGUCUUUGGCAUCCUAGGACUUGACACGCUUCGAGACCAGUGCGAGGAAACUAUCUUUCUGACCCAUGAGAUCAGUUUUUAUCAGGGAGUUUCUCAUGCAUUCAGCAAAGCCUAUCACCAUAUCUGUAUGCUGCAAAAUGUUCUACAAAUGGCUACUACUGCGCUGGACUGGUUGUAUUCCAGGGCACCCAGCAUCCGCACUGUGAUUACGUACCUGGUGGAGCCUGGCAAAGACAAGCCAUGGGACUACGCUUUGCGCAAGAUGAUUACUACAGAUAAUACAGGACAAAAAGAAAUUCAUAGCUCUCCUGUUCUUCUCCUCAGAAAAGAAAACCUCUUAAGAGAUUACCUGUAUAGGUGCAUAGAUAGUUCAGAGGUCAUUCGCACUUCUGUCUGUGGAGAACACCACAUUGCAGUGCCUCUCCGUGACCUAUCAGGACAAGCUCUUGGGAUAUUUGAUAUUAACAUCGGACACCACCAGAAAUUACCACCUCCUGAACACGAAGACCUGCAAAAAAUGCUAAAGAUGGCCCAAGCUGCCUGCUCUGAGAUACUGAAGAUGUCUUCAGAGGAAACAGAACCAAGCUAUGUACUGGAGGCAGAACGCAUGGCAAAUUGGAGGCAUGCAGGGAUUCUGUUCUACCAGUUCAUGCUGCAGGACCUGCGCGAGUGUAUCCAGAAACUCGAUGCUGAGAGCUUUGCUGAAAUAAAGAGCUAUGCAGAACCCCCAGCUCUGGCACAUAACAUAGUUAAGGCUGUGCUGUUGCUUCUGCAUCCAGACUGGAAGGGCUCAGAGAAGACUGAGAACUGGAGUCAGUGUAAACUGAAACUUGAUGACAGUUUGAUUCAGGAUAUUUAUUUCUUUGAUCCAACUGCUGCAUCUGUGCAGGUUCAAGCAGAGCUGCUGCUCGACUGCAUCACUGGGGUACCCGGAGCAGCAGUGUGGCAGCUGGGCUGGGCCCCGGCCGAGUGCCUGUUCCACUGGGUGCACACCUGCCUGGCGCUGGCGGAGAUCUCCAGGAGCAAACCCCCUCCCUCCUCAGCCCCUUCUGCCAUCAAAUUCCCCUGCGCCUCCAAUUAA